CAAGCUAUGACACAAAUGUGUUUUACAACAGCUUAAAAUCAGUGUUUAUUCAAAAUUGCACGGCUCUAAAAAUGGCGGAAAAUUUGAGUUUAAAGGAAUUGACGAUGGAACAGAUACAGACAGCGUUUGAUAAAACGUUGAAGAACUUUAAGGAACCAGGCGUCAAACUUGUUCUUAUUACAGACGAAUACAAAGACAUUGCUUUAAAGUUUGCUCGGGAGUACUUUAUGACAGACGAACCAAUGAACAAAGGUCUUGGUAUGAAGUGGACUGAUGAACUUGAACAAUUCUGGACGAAUUCCUUUGAUCUUAACCUCUCACUGAUGUUCCUGAAUGAGAAAGAUGGAGAGCCGAUAGCAUUUCGUACCACAAGAAUAGCUCGAUAUGAUGAUACAAAUGAUAUUGAUAGCAUACAAGACCAACCGUUAAAAGAAAUGGUCCGCUUUCUGGAUUAUUGUGACAAAGAGGCAGAGUUCUUUGGUCAUUUUAAUACGAAAGAAGCGUUCCACUUCUUAGGCCUUGGAGUAGCACCAAACUAUAGACAUCGUGGCUAUGCUACGAAGAUAUUCAACACUGCAAUUGAUAUGAUUCGUAAUUUUGGAAUCGAUCCCGUGUAUCUCAAAGUUGAGGGUUCCUCGAAUUUUUCAAAAAAGAUAUUUGAAAAGGCUGGCUGUGAAAUCUUGUAUGAAAAAUUCUUCGAUGAUUGGGUGGUGGAUGGGGAAAAACCUUAUAAAGAUACAGGAAUUCAUAAGUCUAUGAAAAAUUAUGGAAUGGAGUUAUCGUAGAUAUCCUGAAAUAUAUAUGUGUGGUGUUAAAAGAAUUACUACAGUUGUAUAAGA